UAGUUGCAAGAUGGCGAACGUUCGGGAUAGUGACACAUCGUUGUGGCUCCACAAUAAACUCGGAAUUUCGAACGAUUCGUGGAUAACCGGUUCUAUUUGUACACAAUUAAACGCUGAAGUCUUAAAAAAUAUAAAGGAUUGUUUUCCGGAUUUGCAAACACAAGUGAAAUUAAAAUUAUUGUUAAGUUUCUUUCAUAUCCCGCGCAGAAAUGUUGAAGAGUGGAGAAAUGAACUCGAAGAGAUCAUCGAGGUUGCCGCAGUGGACUCGGACCUUUGGGUCGCAAUGUUGGCGGAAGUCCUUAAAACAUUCCCCUCCGCCGGAACCCUUAACACGGAGAUAGCAGAGUUUGAUGAGACAAGACCAAUAUUCAGUGAUAUGAUAGGGGAGCUGAGAAGAGCUCUCGCUAAACAUUCAGACCUUGGACUGUUACCACUUGAGUGCCUAUAUUUAAAUAAAAAUGCCUUAGUUUCUGUGGUGGGUCAACAACCCAACCCAGUGAAGCACUUCACAUUAAAACGUAAACCAAAAUCGGUAGCUCUACGUACUGAACUUCUAAGUAAAGCUGCAGAAGUGCAAGCCAAUCAGAAGAAAGCUCAAGCACCAACUGUGCCUGUUCGGAGUCGAGGAAUGCCCAGGAAAAUGACUGAUACAACUCCGCUGAAGGGCCUGCCGUCCCGCUGGGCGGCUCGCACGGGCGCCCGCGCGCCGCCGGUGGCUCGGCCUCCGCCUCGCUCCGGGAUCAAGCUGCUGGACAUCACCGAGCAGCCCGCCACCCACGCGCAGAUCAAGAAGAGGAGGAAGCUGGGUGAGUGCACCCACUGUACCUACUGUACCUUAUGUAAUAUGUUUGUUGUAGAAAUGGAGGAAGGUGCUAAGAAAGCGCCGGCCGCCGCACCCGCGUCCCCGCCGCCCGACUACGCGAAGGGCCUCAACAACUUCCAGAUGCCCAAAGCAGACGAACAGCCCCCACCAAGCAACGAGCCGACGAACGAGGUGGAGGGUACAGAAAAUGUGGAGAGCGUGGAGGGGGUGGAGGGCGCGGAGGGGGGCGACGGUGUGGAAGGCGCAGAGGGGGACGGACAUGUACCCGCGCCUGCGCCCACGCCUUUGCUUGUGCAACAGACCACAGGAGCAAAACCUAUCGUACUGGGGCAACAGCCCAAACUAUUACUUGCCGGUCAAGCAGGUGGAAAGCCUCUGCUACUAACGGCACAGGGUCUACUCAACACCUCCGCUGUGCUGCUACAGCAGGGUGGAAAGGCUGUGCUACUACAGAAUAUCAAGCCGAUGGCGCAACAAGUCGUACAGCAAACCCCACAAAAUAUACAACAUCAAAUACAUCCCGUGCAAAUGCAACAGCCAGUAGCGCAAGUGCCGGCACCAGCGCCACCUCAGCCACAGCCACAACAACAGCCGCAAACACAACACCAACAACAACAGCCCCAGCAACAACAGCAGCCGCUGUUGCCGCGUAGGGGAUUGUCGCUUACGCGUGAACAAAUGAUGGAGGCACAAGAUAUGUUCCGGAACGCAAACAGAGUUACAAGACCAGAAAAGGCUCUCAUUCUCGGUUUUAUGGCAGGCUCUAGGGACAAUCCCUGUCCAAACCUUGGCAAUAUAGUCACAAUAAAACUCUCCGAGAACAUAGAAAACGUCCUUCAAUCAGACGACACAUACCUAACGAUGUUAUCUGAAAUGCACUUCCAAAUGAACUACAAUAACGGUCAAUGGACGAGGCUCAAGAAAUACAGACAUAUAGACGGUAUGGUACCGCAGAAAAUACCGCCUGGGUCUACUGUCAUAGCAGCAAAUAACCAGCAACCAGUUGUGUCAAUUGCAAAUCAGAGUGUCAGUUAGUUUGUCAGCUCGUGUUAUUACAAUGUGAUAAAGUGUUAACGUAUUAAUUUAAAAAAAUAUAUAAGAUUUUAAUUCUGG